UUGAAAAGCUAUCUCCAAUUAAUGGAAGCUCCUGUCAACCUGGUUCAGUUCAGCUGAGAUUGAAUUCCUCUUUGGCUGUCCAUAAACUGUGAAACAGAAGGAUGCAGAAGACUAUCCCUUGCCUUUUUGUACAUGAGUGAUAAGAGCACAAGAUCAUUACUACAAGUUUGCUGCAAAGAUGAGUUCAGAGGAGAAAAGUAUAUCUCCAGCUCACAAAACGUCCACUCCAUCACAUAGAAGUGCCUCCUCUUCAUCAUCGUCUCAGAGGGACAGGAGGCAGAGUGUUCAUAUUUUGGAGCGAAAGGCUUCCUCGGGAAGCACAGACCCUUCUUUAAGCAAGCAGUUCCUUGAAAGCGACCCUAUCUCUCUAUCCAAGGAACCUGACAGCUGGGAAAUCAUAGAGGGCCUGAAAAUAGGCCAGACCAAUGUCCAGAAGCCAGACAAACAUGAAGGUUUCAUGCUAAAAAAGAGAAAAUGGCCUUUAAAAGGUUGGCACAAGAGGUUUUUUGUCCUGGAUAAUGGAAUGUUGAAAUAUUCAAAGUCACCAAUUGAUAUACAGAAAGGCAAAGUCCAUGGGAGCAUUGAUGUUGGUUUAUCAGUUAUGUCUAUAAAAAAGAAGGCUCGUAGAAUAGAUCUUGACACAGAAGAACACAUCUAUCAUCUGAAGGUGAAGUCCCAGGAUUCAUUUGAUGCAUGGGUUUCAAAAUUACGCCACCACCGGUUGUACCGUCAGAAUGAGAUUGUGAGAUCUCCGAGAGAUGCUAGCUUUCAUAUAUUCCCUUCAGCCUCUACUACAGAGUCUUCACCAGCUGCUAAUGUGUCAGAUGGAAAGGUGCAACAAAAUAGCUUCCCCUGGCAGUCUUCUAUACCUUGUAGUAACAGCCUUCCUGCCACCUGCACUACUGGUCAGAGUAAAGUAGCAGCCUGGUUGCAGGACUCCGAAGAGAUGGACAGAUGUGCAGAAGAUCUUGCUCAUUGUCAGUCAAGCCUUGUGGAACUCAGUAAACUUCUUCAAAAUUUAGAAAUAUUGCAGAGAACUCAGUCAGCACCGAAUUUCACAGACAUGCAGGCUAACUGUGUAGAUAUUUCAAAGAAAGACAAGCGGGUCACAAGACGAUGGAGAACAAAAAGUGUCAGCAAAGAUGCAAAAAUUCAACUUCAGGAAGGGCCGGCACCGAAGGGCCAGUUCAGCACAACACGACGCCGGCAGAGACUAGCAGCUGCAGUGGCUACAACAGUCCCUUUCAGUGCUACAAUGUCACCAGUUCGACUGCAUUCAUCCAAUCCCAACCUUUGUGCUGACAUCGAGUUUCAGACUCCCCCAAGCCAUGUAACGGACCCUCUGGAGUGCUCUACUGAGUACAUGAAGCUUCAAGAAGAAUUCUGCCUGAUGGCACAAAAAGUGCAUUCUCUUUUGAAGUCUGCCUUUAACAGCAUAGCUAUAGAGAAGGAGAAGCUUAAGCAGAUUGUUUCAGAGCAGGAUCUUACAGGCCACAAUGCUCAAAUAGCACACCUCAGACAGUCCCUCUCUCAGGCUCUCAACCAGAAUGCUGAACUAAGGAGUCGCUUGAACAGAAUACAUUCAGAAUCUGUUAUUUGUGAUCAGGUUGUCAGUGUAAAUAUUAUCCCUAGUCCUGAUGAGACGGGUGAACAAAUUCAUGUCAGUUUGCCACUGUCUCAGCAAGUUUCUAAUGAGAGCAGGCUCUCUAUGUCUGAAUCCAUUUCAGAGUUUUUUGAUGCACAGGAAGUGCUUCUAUCUGCCAGCUCGUCAGAAAACGAGGCUUCUGAUGAUGAAUCUUAUAUCAGUGAUGUGAGUGAUAAUAUAUCUGAGGACAACACCAGUGUUGCUGACAACAUUUCUCGGCAAAUUCUUAAUGGUGAGCUAACAGGAGGCGCAUUCAGGAAUGGACGGAGAACUUGUCUCCCAGCUCCCAGCCCUGACACCAGUAACAUCAACCUGUGGAAUAUUUUGAGAAAUAACAUUGGCAAAGAUCUUUCCAAAGUAUCCAUGCCAGUUGAGCUAAAUGAACCUCUGAAUACCUUGCAACAUCUUUGUGAAGAGCUGGAGUACAGUGAACUCUUGGACAAGGCUGCUGAAACAGAUGAUCCUUAUGAACGCAUGGUUCUCAUAGCUGCUUUUGCAGCGUCAGGCUAUGCCUCUACAUACUUUAGAGCAGGAAGCAAGCCAUUUAACCCAGUGCUUGGUGAAACUUAUGAAUGUAUUAGAGAAGACAAAGGAUUUCGAUUUUUCUCAGAGCAGGUUAGCCACCAUCCUCCCAUUUCGGCCUGUCACUGUGAAUCGAAGAACUUUGUGUUUUGGCAAGAUAUCAGGUGGAAAAACAAAUUCUGGGGGAAAUCGAUGGAAAUUCUGCCAGUUGGAACCUUGAAUGUGACUCUUCCAAAGUAUGGAGACUACUAUGUCUGGAACAAAGUCACUACUUGCAUACAUAAUAUUCUUAGUGGAAGGAGGUGGAUAGAACACUAUGGAGAGAUAACUAUCAGAAACACCAAAAGCAGCAUUUGUAUUUGUAAACUCACAUUUGUCAAGGUGAACUACUGGAAUUCAAACGUAAAUGAGGUGCAGGGUGUUGUGAUAGAUCAAGAAGGGAAGGUGGUUCAUCGCCUUUUCGGAAAGUGGCAUGAAGGCCUUUAUUGUGGGGUUGCACCUUCAGCCAAAUGCAUAUGGAGGCCAGGCUCCAUGCCAACCAAUUAUGAACGUUAUUAUGGCUUCACGAGGUUUGCUAUUGAGCUCAAUGAAUUAGAUCCUUUACUGAAAGAUCUUCUUCCUACAACAGAUGCACGAUUCAGGCCGGAUCAAAGGCUUCUGGAGGAAGGAAAUGUAGAAGCGGCAGCAUCUGAGAAACAAAGAAUAGAGGAACUCCAGAGAGGUCGGAGGCGGUACAUGGAAGAAAACAGCAUUGAAUAUGUACCCAAAUUUUUUAAAAAAGUUAUCGACACUAAUCAAAGAGAAGCCUGGGUUACCAAUGACACCUACUGGGAACUGCGAAAGGAUCCUGGCUUUAGUAAAGUAGAAAUUCCCGUACUCUGGUAAACUGAGAAUGUAGAUCUAGUAAACAUAUCACUCUGAAGAAAAAAAUAACUAUGCACAAUAUGUUUCUUAUAGCUAAGUGUGGUUUGUGGGUCUACGGAAAAACCUAUCAUUCGCAUUUAUAUUCAUCUUUAUAAUGGACUUUUGAAAGUGCAUUAGACCAGGCCCCUGACCACUUCUGGAUCUUUUUAAUUUUGCAGCAGCCAUUAAAAAAAAAAAAAGAAAAGAAAAAAAAAAGAAACAGAAACCUUUUAAAGUUUCAUACGCUGAAAAUUCAGAACAAAAGAAGCAGAUGAGUUAUCCAAAGUCACUCGGAAGAGGUGGUAAACGCAAAACUGCAACCGGUGCUUUAAACAGACAUUAAGAGUAAUGUAAUUUAAAUUAAAAAAAAAAAAAAGGAAGAAAAAGAGAAAAAAAUCCAUUUUGUUUCAACUAUUUUUGUUAAAAACUUGGGUCACAACACUGUCAUUUCUGGCUUCAGGUUAGUCCUUUGGUGUGAUGUGCUUGGACUGGCCUUUGUCAAAAAGAUAUGCUUUUCUGGAAGCUGUUCCCAUUCAUAUGCCAUUGUUCAUGCCUUAAAUAAAAUAUGAAGAUGUACAGUAAGUAAUUUUAAAAUACGUAUGCUUAGGCUUGUGUGAAGGGCAGAUUUUUAAAGCACUAGAAUUUUAUCAUGAUAUAAAUAUUGGAGAACCUGCAUUAUUUAAAAUCAAAAGACAACCAAACAUCUAAAUGUAUUUCAGAGGAGUGAGAUCUACUGUACAUGCUUUAGCUUUGGGAAGCUAACUGUAUAAUCAGACUGAAAAGAAACUGCUAACUGGUUGAAUUUGAGACAAUUUUGGUAAAUGCAUAUGAAUUACUAGUCAGAAAGUUCAUAUUCUAAAUGACUGAUGCUGAGAUGCAAUCAUCACUUUUACUGCUGGCUGGACAUAGUCUCACAGUGAAUCUCAUUUCCCUGUAACUGUUUAUACAAUUAGAAUUCCCUGAAGCUUUGCAACAGCAUUAAAAGCACAGAAAGAUUUCAUGGGAAGGUCUCUGGCUUCUCUCCAGAAGCUGGAUAGUAUUGUAAAUACAACUGUUUUCUGUCACACACACUGUUUACUUUACUGGCUCUGUUUUUUCCCCAUACACUUUUCUUAUCUAUAUUUAUAUUUGAGAGUAUGGCAGAGGCUCCCAUGCAUUGUAGCUAACAACUACUACUUGUGUUGCCAAAAUAGCUUUUGUGCAAAAUUAUAUUUUACAGUUUUUCAUAAAGUGAUUCUAUAUUUUUGAUUAAGAACCAAGUCUCUUAUGUGUUGCUAAGCCUCAGUUAAUAUACGUGGGAGAAGGCUUGGCACUUUCUAUUUGAAAAUCUCUGAAACAUUAAACAGUAGGAGGGCAGAUUUUAAUAAAAAGAAAAAAAGUAAUUUUAUUAGGUAAAAACUGCAUUCCAUACGGUAUGAUCUAGUCUUCCAUUUAUGCACGUAUUAUACAUCCAGGCACUGAUGACAGGUUAGAUUUCAUGCAUAUACACUGUAUUUCUUUCUACACAUACACAGCGUACAUAGUGCACUUGAAUUUUUCUAUUUAAGAUUGAUUCCAGUACUGAGACCUGAAAAAAAAAUUAUUAGAUAGGUAUGUGAUCCUGCCAGCAGAGCUGCUUGAACAGUUCUCAGUAGAUUACCACACAUACCUAGCUCUCUGCCUGCUUCUUCCUUUUGCAGAGUCAGGUCCCUACAGAACUGAGAUUACUUUGAUUAUUUAAUACAUAUUCAGUUGUCCCCCUUGUUUGUAUGGCAAAGCAACUGGCAGAGCAACUAGCUACUAAUGAAUUCCAAUUUCCUCACACAGUUCUGUUAUCAGGAAGAAAUAUGAAAACCUAAAGAAAAUAUUAAGUAGACUUUUUAAGAGUUGUGAAUGCUCAUGAAUUGCUUAUGAAUAUUUGGUAUAAAAAACCUAUGUGCAGAUUAACAGGAUUUCUUCCAAAAAAAAUUUUGAAUUAUUCAAACAACGGCAUCUUUUUCUUUCCUAGUUGAACCUAGUCUGAUUUUUUUAUUUUUUUUUUUAGU